CCAGUUUUGAGCUGCAAUCUUCUUUGUGCUGGAACAUGGAGGAAGAUUUUGAUGCCUCGCAGGGUGCUGACUUGCUUAGUUUGGCUCUUGGGCGACAGCCUGGUGCUUCGGACCUGGAUGACUUCAUAGAUUUUGAGGUCUAUUUCGAUGGCACUGCACACGCGGAGGCUGAGGGCCAAGUGGUGCCCUUUCUUCAAGCACAGCUUUGUGAGGUUUUCAGUCUACUUCUGAAGGACUUGGACCAGUACCUUUGGCAUCGAGAUCGAUUCAUCUUGGAGCUCUGUUUGGAAGAGGAACCGCAUCUAGCAGGGCACUUGCGGAUAGGUGAUGGCACAGAGGAUGAAUGGUUUGUGGUCCACCUGCUGCAGCAACUCACCUUCCUUCGGCCAGAUGUCGCGUGUCGUGUUCUGGACGCGGAUGGCGAGUUGCUCCUCAUCGAGGCCGCCUUAGCAGCACCUCGCUGGGUCUCGCCCAGCAAUGCGGAGAACCGCUGUUGGCUUCGCAAAGGCUUGCUUCACCUCUUGCCCCGUCCGGGCGCCGGUGAAGCACCGGAGCUGGGUCGGAAAGAGGGCCUUGCUCGCUUGCGGAAAGCUGGGGAGGAAUCUGUGGCCCGAGGCAAGAUGCAGAAGGCCAUCCAACAGCGGCUGGAAGGCUAUCCCAAGCGAGCUUUGGAGCUUUCACGGCACGUUGUUCGGGCAGUGAUGCCGAAGAAGGUCGCACGUUUGCUACUGGCGUUGCCACAGUUAAUCUCCGUGAUCUUGGACCACUUGCCCACGCCACCGUCGCGCGAACUUCUCAGACUGAGAAGAGAUUUGCCUGACCACCAGUCUGCCCUGCAUUUGGAUUGCGAAGCUUUGGGGGAAGAUGAGGACACUGUGCAGAUCGGAGUGCGUUUCACUCGGCUUCAGUAUGCUCGCCUCGUGAGUCUUCGCUGCCAAGUGCCGCAACGCUUCGCGCGGAAGCGCUGGAAGUCGCCAAAGGGUGUGAAGGAGCCCAGUGAGAAGGCCAUGCAGCUGGGAGCCAUGCUAUGUGCAGGUCUUGAAGCUGCCUACUUGCAGGGCACGCAGAGUGCCACAGCGGUCCUUCGCUGGCGGGAGGUGCCGGAUUCUCUUCCUUGGUUGUCUGACCCUGAUUUUCGCAAGCGCAUGAGCCCCGAGCUCUUGCAGUCCGCACAUUCACGCCGUGCCUAUGCACAGCAAGACAACCUUGGAGAGCACUUUCGAGAGGCUUUUCUCCGAGCAUAUCAUGAUCCAGCCCUUGAGGCCAUGAAUUUGGAGGCGCAUUGGAGGGACAGGGAUGACCCAGAAGACUGGCUCCAGGUCUCCCAGGAGGAUUUAGAUCAGGAGAUGAAGGUCCGACAAGCCGAGUUCGAUCACUUCGACCAGAAGCGAAGGCCACGCUCAGCAGCUAAAGAAGAGAAGGUGGCUCCUGAAGAGUUGCAACAAGAGGUUGCAGCGAUGGGAUCAAAGAUCGCAGAUCUCUUGAAAGGAUCCUCCAGCCUUGAUGGUAUGGAAGCCGAGAAAGCGCGCGGAGCCGCGGCAAGUACAGGGCCGGGCUCCGAAAGCGGUUCCGAGACGGAUUCCGAGGGCUCAGCUGAAGGGCUUGAUGUCCUUGGCAUGGAAGAAGAUCCCGAAGAGGCCAGUGAUGAUGAAGCUGAGGAAGGUGAGAGGAUGAAGGAUUACUUUUCUGAGCUAGAUGACCAACUAGAGACCAUCUUGGAUGGGGAGCUGGCUGCCGAGAGCGCAGAGGCAGACACAGCUGCGGGUAAGACAGGAAUGCCCCUGAGCUCCCGACAUGUCAAGGUUCAUGACUCUGAUGCGCUGGAGCUUGACAUGCAUGCCAUGGAGCAUGUUUUGGCCUCCUUCUGCUCUGAGCAUCAACUGGAGCCAGGGCCUGCCUCCUUGCUCUUGGGCGAGCUUGGUUUGGCUGGAGGUUCAGGCUGUUUGGACGACAUGGACUAGCCAGCUGAAGCUCCGGUGGCAACCACACGACAUCAGCGGCGCUCUUGUCAAAACUGUCGUCCUCACCUGUGGUCGUGCUGCCUUGCUGCAUCAUGCUUUUGCUGAGAACUGCUUUGAAACUGCUUCGUUUUUGGAUAGGAUUUAUAACCUGCUUGCAAGCAACUUCAAGUUGGACCCACAGAUCCCUGAGAGUUUGCACGGCUUCGCGGCAUGGAGACACGAUCAGACUUUGAUUGCUCAAAACCAUAGAGGCUUUAAGAAUGAUC